UCUUCAAAAACGUGCUGGACUUGCCGGAUUCGCAAGAAGCGAUGCGACCGAAAACAACCGGCUUGCAGUGCCUGUCGCUCACUUGACAUAACUUGCCAUGAUGGCAAUAGCCGGCCAAGUUGGAUCAACAAUGAUCGCGAGCGAGAUGAAUUUGCAGACCAGAUCAAAGCUCAAGUCAAGGAAAAAGCAGAAAGCCGCCGCGAAAAGAGCUAUGUGAAAGUAAUGCCCCUUGGAAGAACAAAACGACCGAAAGGCGGCCUAAAAGUAGCUGCUCAAACACCUAAAGCGGAUAAGGCUGAGAAAGAAGCUCAAACAUCAUCCGAAAACGAACCCUCAAAGAAUGAUGUACCACGGGCUGAAAAUGUCAAGUCGGAUAGAGACGUUACUGACCCGGUUUUACUUGGGGUCAACAAUGACAUUGAUCUUGAUCUUGAAAUCAUUUUUCUGGAUUAUGCCUUUCCCUUUCUUUUUCCGUUCUACCGCCCUUCAAUCUUUGAAGGGGGGCGCGGCUGGCUGUUGGCAACUUUGAGAAACAGUAUGCCACUAUUCCAUACUGCCAUGGGCUUUUCGACCUAUUUCUUCACUCUAGUUAUGGCGAACAUUGCGGAUGGCCAAGAUGAGCAUGAAGGUUGCAGGAGAUUGAUUCAGCGCAAACUCACUUCUCACAUUGAUAAUGCAAUCAACUCCAUAAGAAAGGGAAUAAAUGAUCUCCAUGUCAGCCCAACUCCAAUAUCAGUCUUUGGAAAAGCACAUCUAUUUGAAGGUGUCGUGCAGUUGUUAGUGUUUGACACAAACAUUGCAAGGACUACGGAAUGGAGUGUUCAUAUAACCGCUGCCGUUUCACUGCUUAAAGACAUAUUGGAACUGCCUGAGCCUCGUGGUGAGAUGGCUGACCUGACUUCGGUGUUUGCCAUGAUGCAGAGGCCGGGAUGGUCAACUGAGUCGCCAAGCCACAGAAUGUGGAACAGCGACCAAAGCGCUUUUCGAUUUCAUGUCGCUUUUGUCAUUUUUGCGGAUAUUAUAUCUGCAACCACUUUGGGAGAUGUUCCCAAAUUGCGAGAGUACUAUCCACGCCUAAUUAAACCCAGAGCUAAAGCAGCUCAUCCAAGUCAAGUUUUAGAGCUGGGAGACUUUGUUGGCUGCCAAGGCUGGAUUCUUCUUUUAAUAGCUGAUAUUGCGGUUCUAGAAGAAGGAAAAAAGUCUGGGCGUGUACUCAAAGAAGAUCUACUUUUUGAGAGUAAUAGGAUUGCUGCAGAUCUUCAGAGCGGCAUAGCUAGUCUUAAUACCGGGAUGCAGCAACCCAUAGACAACCCGGUCCUUCCUCAGGCUUAUGUCCACCCCGAGACUCUUCUACAGAGUAUAGAUACCAUAUCGGUUAGCUUGAUAUGGGCACACGCAGCCGUUCUCUAUCUACUGAUCACUAAUUUUGGAUGGCGGGAGGAAGACCAAGACAUUCAAGAAAAUGUCUCAUCAGCCUCACGUCUUUUACAACAGAUUCAGUCUCCAGCAAUCUUGCGUAGCCUCACUUGGCCAUUUUUUAUCGCUGGUUGCCUCGCUACCAAGAAUCAAGAAGCGGAUUUUAGACAAAUUGCUUCCAAAAUGGGUUCCUUGUCAGCUUUUGGCACGCUGAAUGAGGCACUAAAGAUAAUGGAGAAAGUAUGGAUCACUCGUGGAGAGAAAGACGAGGAAACAUGGGACUUCACUUUUUGUUUCAGAAUGAUGGGAUCAAUACCAUUGCUUAUAUAG